GUGGGGGUGGGGUCAGCGUUCCUUGAUGCAGACGGAGGAAGACAAGCGGGUGGUCAGACUCAGCUGCAGUCACACUGAGCGCUCCCGCUCGUCCCGCCGGCGUCACUGCCCUCUCCUUCUGGAGUGCGUGGAGCAUCGGUGAUUCCCCACAGCGCAGUCAUAAUAUCAUCUGAACUCUCACACACCAUGAUGAUAUCCGGGAACCGUCGAGCCGCAGUCAUGUCUCUCCCUGCGGUGAUACUUGGAGCCCUGAUGCUGCACACCGUGUCUUCGCAAAACGCGGGCUUUGUGAAAUCACCCCUUUCUGAAACGAAGCUCACCGGAGACACCUUUGAGCUGUACUGCGACGUCAUCGGUAGCCCCACCCCUGAAAUCCAGUGGUGGUACUCGGAGAUCAACCGAGCCGAUUCCUUCCGGCAGCUGUGGGACGGCGCCCGUAAGCGGCGGGUAUCCAUCAGCACGGUCUACGGUGUCAAUGCGGUUAGCGUGCUGGGAGUCUCGCAUCUAACGCUGGACGAUAUCGGGACAUACGAGUGCAGAGCCAGCAAUGACCCGCGACGUAACGACCUGCACCUUAAUCCCGCCAUCACUUGGAUCCGAGCACAGGCCACAAUUACGGUGCUGCAGAAGCCAUCAAUCGGUGCCUCUGAGCACACUUCCCUUCCUGUGGAAGGCCACAGUCCCCCUUUCGCUCUUCAGUGUAACCUGACCAGCAGCGACAAUCCCCUCCUGGAGAGCUACUGGAUGAAAAACGGAGAGGAGAUCCCAGAAACUCGCAGCCCAAAUAGGAAUACCGAGUACAAGCUGAACAAACCAAGAGGAGAUGAUGCUGGGGUAUACAUGUGCGUCUUCACCUUCGGGAUAUCUCCUGCCGCCAACACAACCAUUGAAGUGAAAGCUGCCCCUGAGAUUACAGGCCACAAGCGGAGUGAGAACCGGAACGAGGGCCAGCGUGCUUUGCUUUAUUGUAAAUCGGUGGGCUACCCUCAUCCCGCUUGGACCUGGCGCAAACUUGACAACGGCAUUUAUAGGGAAAUUGACAACUCAUCUGGACGGUUCUUCAUCAGCAGCAAAGACAAUUACACUGAGCUCAGCAUUGUCAACCUGGACAUUAACUUAGACCCAGGCGAGUACCAGUGUAACGCCACCAACUUGAUUGGCAGCAGCGACGAGAGCUCCGUGCUGAGAGUCCGCAGCCAUUUGGCCCCCUUAUGGCCUCUUUUGGGGGUUUUGGCCGAGAUCAUCAUCCUGGUUAUCAUCAUCGUUGUUUAUGAGAAACGUAAGAAGCCUGAGGAUCUACAAGACGACGAUGACCCAGUUGGACCAGUGAAAACCAAUUCAACCAACAACCACAAAGACAAGAACCUGCGCCAGAGGAAUACGAAUUGAGCUGCCUGUUUGCAGAGGUACACUACGCUUACACAUGCAUUGACCAGAUGAAGGUAAACAGCAAUGGAGUCCACGCCAGUCAGUCGAAUGGAUCUGCCAUUAAAAGUGUGCUUGUGAGGGAAUUUGAGUGAGGCAUGCCUUCUGAUUUCAUUGCGUGAGGGUGCAACAUGCUAAUCAAUAUGCGCUUGAUAACAUAACUAUUCUUACUGCAUGCAGUUUGUUGACGUGUAUGAUUUACCCCCGCCGUCUUUAUUCGCUACUUUUACAACUUUUAAGAUAAUGGCAUGCAAGGUAUUGACCCUCUAUUCGAGACAGGAAUGUUUUGCGUUCUCUCAGAGUGGCUUCAUGUAGAUAAUCUAUACUGUACGGUUUUAGAGAGGGGAAAAAAAAACACAUAUCGGCAGUGUAGAUACGGCAGUUUUGUACAAUUUUAUCAUUCUACUGCAUAUCAUGACCUAAUUAAUCAUUAUAAUACGAAUAUUACAUUUAAAGGGCUUUGCAGUGUCCCUCUAAACCUAACAAGGUUCAAUGUAUGUAUGUACUGUAUGUAUUAAACCACUGUAGCUACAGUACGUAUUGAUAUAAUAGAAAUGGUAUGAUGCACUUAAAUGUUGACAAUAAUGGCAAACUGUAUAAACCUACUUUAGAAAUGUUACAAUCAUUCCAACAUUGUUUUGUAAUUACAGUAUGUAUUGUACAGCAUGGCUUUUAUCCUAUGCAACUAAUACUGUAUACUGUAUUGCCUAAGCAGCUUUUCAUUCUUCUGUGACAGUAUUAAGCUAUAUUAGGAGCACCAUAGAGCGUAGAUGUUUUAUUACACAGCUGCAUGGUUUCUGUACAGUGGAUGUGGAAGGGACUUGAACGGCCUGUGACACAAAAUAUAGAUUCAUUUUUAAGAAUAAACAUUUCAAAAAAUGUA